GCCGCCAAUCAGAACCGUUUGUUUAGAGUUUAAUGGAGGAAUUUGAAUUACCGGUUGAAGGAAGGUGAAAAGUGUUGUGUUGUGGUACUGCGUUGUUGUGAGACGAGUCGUGUCGAAGUGUUGUUUGUUGUCAAGCGUUUUGUAUACUGGUUUGUUCUCUGUGGUGAAAUUACAUAAUUUUUUCGGAUAAAGAUCAUGGAGCUAAAGAAGGGUGCAAGAUGUGUGGCCAAAUGGCUAAAUACUAAUUUCUACUAUUGGUGCACUAUAAUUGAACCAGUUGGUGAGGAGUGGAAAAUUCAAUAUGAUGAUGGAACAGUUGCUGUAGUUAAAACAAAAGAUUUGCAUGAAACACCACCAGCAGAUGCACGCAACCCAGUUCGUAUAGUCACACGUAGCACACCUAGCAAAAAUCGGAAGAGACCUGAAGAGAUACGAAAAUCUCCAGCUAGAAAGGUCCGUAAACUGUUUACUGAAGAAGAGAACAUCAGAUUGGGUGCCAAAUUAGGCGAUGUAAAAGAAAAUGCUACUGCAGCUGAGAAAGAGUCCAUAAUUGAGUCAGAUCUGAUGGAGGGUCUGAAGGACAAGGAGUCACAUGAAAAUUUGACAGGUGCUGCAGAUGUCCAGCCAUCUUUGCGCGAAAAAAGUGUGUCAAAAGAGAUUGAAAAUCCGACACAAAGUGCUGCAGAUGUCAACCCAUCAUCGCGUGAAAAAAGUGUGCCGAAAGAGAUUGAAAAUCUGACACAAAGUGUUGCAGAUGCCCACCCAUCUUCACGUGAAAGAUCAGUUAGUGUGUCAAAAGAAGCUGAAGAUGUGACAUACAGGCCUAGAGUUGCAGAUACCCGCUCCUCUCCAUUUAAAAGAACAGAUGGAGUUCCAGAUACCCGCUCCUCUCCAUUUAAAAGAACAGUUACUGUGAAGAGAGAGCCUGAAUUUGCGACAGGCGGUUCUGUAGACAUCCGCUUGUCUCCAUUUACAAGAUCGGUUAGUGUGACGAGAGAGACUGAAGCUAUGAUACACAAUACUGGAGAUGUCCGCCAACCACCAUCUAGGGCAUCAGUUAGUGUUACAGCACAGACUGAAGAUAUAAAAGGUGGUGCAGAAGAUGUCCGUCCUUCGCUAUCCCAAAGAUCAGCUACUGUGGAAAUACAGAAAGAAAGUUUCACACGUAGUGUGAAAACAUAUGCUGCAUCAUAUCUUGACAGAGAUUUGCGCAGCCUUUCAUCUCUGGACAGACGUAUCUCCAGCCGACUUUUGAAGGAAGGUUCUGUUGGAUCAGUAGAUCUACAUGCAGGUCCAACUAGGAGAUCAGAUAGUCUAUUAAUGCAUGGAGAUAGUCAACGCAUAAAGAGAGAAAAUUUAAUGCAUGAUGUGCCAAGAUAUGGAAAGUCAUACUUUGAGGGAGAUUUCCAAAGACGACUGUUGAAGGAAGGCUCUGUUGAUGUGCCAAGAUAUGGAAAGUCAUACUUUGAGGGAGAUUUCCAAAGACGACUGUUGAAGGAAGGCUCUGUUGGAUUAGCAGAUCUCCGCCCAUCUGCAAUUAGAGGAUCAGACAAUUUGCUGAAUGCGAGAGGGAAAGUGACACCUGGAUCAGCAGAUCUCCGCCCAUCUGCAAUUAGAGGCUCAGACAGUUUGCUGAAUGAGAGAGGGAAAGUGACAGCUGAUUUGACAAGACACACAGCAUCAAAUGUGGACAGAGGUCUCCAAAGACAGCUGGUCAAGGAAGGUUCUGCUGAUUUUACACUUGCUACCACGUACGUGAAAGAUAAUGAAAAAAAGUAUCUGAAUAAAUAUCCUAUGGAAUUUGGAGGAAGACUUGGUACUUUGUUGCUGAUUUUAUUACUGCCUUUAUAUGUCUUGAGUUUGUUUAGUUUUAAUUUGGUACCGGACCCAACAAAAUUUGAAGUAUUGUUUCAAAUGCAGCUUGUACUGAUUCCUCAAGUGGCUGUUGGAAUAAUAAUGCUUAUAAUUUUCCAAGCUGUACUUAGCAUUGUGCCAAUUGGCAAAGUUGUCAGUGGACCUCUGACUAAGCUUGGGAUUUUGAAAAUGCGGUGUAAUGGGAUUUUCGCAGCCCUGUUUGCACUGGUUCUAACUUCAUCAGUAUGCUACAUCAAAAGGGAAGUUGCUGACAUUGUAGUCAGUGUGUAUAGUGAGGCUGCAGUUUCAGCAAUGCUUGUGGGAAUUGUAUUUUCUCUAAUUCUGUACAGAAGAGGUGGUAAAUUGCCUAUCUCCUAUCUUAAUCCAUAUGGAUCAAAAGGCUUUAUGUGGUAUGACUUCUGGAUGGGACGAGAAGUUACUCCUCGUAUUGGAAAAUUCAAUAUAAAGCUCAUCCUUCAUCGAUUUUCCAUAAUUAUUGUGAUUGCACUGAACAUGUUGAUUGCCACAAAAGCAUAUUUGCAGGGAGUGGAAGAAGAAAUAUUAAGAUCUGUUAUAAUAUCUGCAAUAUUGCAGUCAUUAUAUUCUUUACACUUUAUUUUUCAUGAAGACCUGUAUCUGUAUUCCUUCCUAGCUAUCUCAGAAGGUGUUGGAUACAUGAUAGCAGUGGGAUUUAUGACAUUUCCUUUCAUAUUGACAUUCACUACAAAAGCUAUCUUGGACUAUAGAUUAAAGGCAUCACUGACAGAAAUGUAUAUUGUACUGUGUUCGUAUACAAUUGGACAAAUAUUAUUACAGUCGAGCAGUCACAGGAAAAUGCUCUCUCUAAAAAAUCCAGUCACCUCAGUUUGGAGGGUGAAUGUGCUGCCUAAAUGGAGUGCUGCUGUUCAGACCAGAGCAUGUAUGGGAGAGAUAAUUAUUUAUUGGGCUUUGGCUUUGGUUGCUGGUACCACUUACCAUGGUAUUUUCAUAAUACCAUCAGCAUUUACAGUUACUGUGCUUUCAAGAGCCUUCAGGGAAUAUAAACGUGCAGCAGCCUAUCAAGCGGGUGAAGUUAACACCAGACAGUAAUAAGCUGCAAUUCUCAGUAACUCUUGUGAAACAAGAUCAUGCUGAAUGAUUGCGAAUAUGGGGCUAACUGCCAUGUUCAAAUAUGGAAUCAUUUAUAAAAUGUUUUUUUGUGAUAACUACUGUGCACUAUUUGAACUGUCUUUGUUUAGCAAUUGGGCACAUACAUGUUCUUAAAAAAGAGUUUUCAAAGAUUUUAAGAUGGUUUAAAAUUACAAAUGAUCUUUAUAUAGCACUUUUUAUGUUCUUGUAAGUAAUCUGUAAGAUUAUAGGAGCAUCAACAUUUAUUGUGGCAAGUUCAGUUUUUAUUGAUCUAAGAAGACUGUUAAAACAGUAAUUUUUUUAAAAAUAUGUCUUUGGCUAGUACUUACAGUUAAUUAUUUAAUGUCAUUAUUAUUAUUAUUAUUAUUAUUAUUAUUAUUAUUAUACGUAUCACUCUACAAUAUUAUUAUUAGUAUUAUUAUACGUAUCACUUUAUGAGAGUACAAAUUAAAGCCCUUACUGAUUGAUAUGUUAUAAACGCCAUUCAGACUAUGGCACGAACUGAACAAAUAUCACUUCAUGCUGUGUAUUUUAUAUUUGGUUAUUUUCUAUAUUUUUGUUGUAAUUGUUUUCUAAUUGUGUUGUUUAAAUAAAUAGGUUUAGGUUAAAUGAGUGUAUGUGUAUUUAAACAUUACCUGUAUUCUAACAUUGUUUUUGGAAACUUCACUUUAGUGCAAAGACUGCCUGUAAGAAAGACAAACGGCAAGCCUUUGCUCUUUCAAAGGUUGCUAGUCAACUGCAUUGAUAUGAUCUGUGUGUCUCCCAGCUGUGUGAAAUGGGACACUAAAUGUGCGUACAGAGAGACCACUCCCAUCAUUAGUUUGAUAUU